AUGUCCAUCGGAGUGAAUAUAUUUCGUACCAUUCUUUGUCGCCAACCCUGCAACCUCCUGUUGACACGUUCAUGGUCCAGUCCGGCUGUUUACUUUAUCUCUGAAUUCUUUAAUCCCCUCCAACCACACAUGGUAGCAGUCGCCGAGGGUUUGCGCAUGUGUCAUGACUUUGGCCAUUUUUCUUCUUAUGCUAAGACUAUCAUAGUCUCAACUGUGAUUCUCCGUUCGGCCUUGGCCAGUCCUCUUUAUGCCUUCACUGAAAGAAAUCAUGCUCUCGUCAUAUCUGCCUACCACCAAAGCGCACUGGAAACGUCGAAUCCUGCCCAUUCCAUCCGUCAGAAGGAUGGAAAAAUUGAUGCCAGGUUGCAGCGGUCGCUGUUUCAACGGACUUUUACUCAAUAUUGUCAGAAAUUGAGAUGUCACCCCUUGAAGUCUGCUCUUUUCGGGAUGAUUCAGUUACCCGUUUGGAUGACAGUAACUUUUGGGUUAAGAAACGCUUGUGGACAUCAGAUCACCCCUUUUCUGUAUUGGCCUCCGAUGAUCCCCGAAUUUGUAUCGGAAGGACUGACCUCACCAACUACAUCUUUAUGCCUCAUCGCAGCGACAACCCUUGCAACGGGACUUAACGUUGAAAUCAGUCAUAUAAGACGUGUCUACGGACAAACAGCGACUACUACAAUGACUCUCGACCCCAAACUCGCCGCUCAGGAUUGUGCCACAACUGUGAUGCCCACUUGCCUGCCCUGGCAGUUGAAAUUUGCUCAUAGAGUGGGUCAUCUAGGCACCCUUUUGAUCUCCUUCUUUUCUUUUUUCGCGCCGUCUGCUCUCGUAAUUUUCUGGUGCACGUCGGCGUCGCACCAAUUGGUGCUAAACCUUUUUUGUCUCAGCAAUCGGGUCCGAGGCCUGUUAGGCAUCACGAAAACUCCCGUAGACGCCAAGCGCCCCUACUUGGCUCUCUGGCGGGUCGCCAAGUCUCACUACCGCAUCCUUCGGCGAAUCAGUAACCGAGACUAA